UAUUCUCUGUUUCUCUCUCUUCUUGUAAGAAUCAAAAUCUUCUUUCUCCCUCAUUAUUAGCUUCAAUCAUUCUGAAAAAGUAAAAACUCCUCAGCUUCUCAGUUCUCAUUUUCUCAUUUCUAUACUCUCUCCUCGUCCUCGUUGCCGUUUUGAUUCUUACGCUGAUCUUCACCUUCUUAGUUGAACUCCACUUCGGUUUUUCUCAAACUGACUUGGUACAGAAGCUGAAUCGAGUACACGACUAGUGUGGGACACAAGUGUUUCUGUCUAAUCGAUCAACAAGAUCAGAAAACAGUUGUCGUCAUAUUCGUUUUAAUCCACUCAUCAUCUGACUGCUUUGCCGUUUGUAGCUAAAAAAAAAAGAGAUGUUGGGAGCUGGGUUUCAUUUGACUAAGCUACAGAGAGCUCAGAGCGACGUCUCUCACGGCAGAUCGAUUAACACGAAAGACCUCCACGCUUCUGCCGCAUCAUCAUCAAAUAAUGUGGAACGGUUCUUGGAGUCGGUCACACCAUCUGUGCCUGCCCACUAUCUUCCCAAGACGAUGGUCAAAGAAAGGAGAGGCAGUGAUGUUGUUGAGUUGCAGCAGCCUCCUCCUUACUUUGUUCUUGGUGAUGUAUGGGAAUCUUUUGCAGAGUGGAGUGCUUACGGCACUGGAGUUCCUCUCUCUUUGAAUAACAACAACAGUUAUUAUGAAGAUCGUGUCUUUCAAUACUACGUUCCUUCUCUCUCUGCCAUCCAACUCUAUGCUGAUUCUCAUCCCUUAAGCUCAAGGCGGCUAAGUGAGGAGAGCGACAGCGAUUUCAAGGAUUCAAGCAGUGAAGGAAGCAGCAGUGAGUCAGAAAGAGGACUCUCUUUAAGAAAGGAGCAUCUGGAGGACUCGUCUAGUGAUGAUGGGCAGCCUUUAAGCUCUCAAGGUCGUUUGAUAUUUGAGUAUCUUGAACGUGAUCUUCCUUACAUCCGUGAACCCUUUGCCGACAAGAUGUGUGACCUUGCCUCUAGCUUUCCUGAGCUGAAGACGCUGAGAAGCUGUGAUUUACUACCUUCAAGCUGGUUCUCUGUGGCAUGGUACCCAAUUUACAAAAUACCCACAGGACCAACACUCAAGGAUCUCGAUGCUUGCUUCUUGACUUAUCAUUCCCUUCACACACCCUUUCAAGAUGCAGGCGUUACAACACAGUCUAUGUGUGAGGUGCAGCCAAGGGAGAGUGUUGAGAAGACAAUGCUUCCUGUCUUUGGCCUCGCCACAUACAAGUUGAGAGGUUCUGUAUGGACGAGUAGUACCAAAGGCUCUGGUCACCAGCUUGUGAACUCCCUUUUCAAAGCCGCAGACAAUUGGCUGAGGUUGCGUCAUGUCAACCAUCCUGAUUUCAUCUUCUUCUGCCGGUGAUGAUACCGAUUAUACGAUGAUGAUGAUGGUGAUGAAAAAUGAUGUAUGAUGUCACUUUAAGUAAACUCGUUAGGGAGCUUGUUUAUGUUUUUGGGUUUGAUCAUCAAAAUUUGAUGUGAACCAUGCUCAAGUUGUAAUGUAAACAGAAAACUAAUUUUCAUUUAUAUGUAAACAUGUUUUUACAAUAAAAGCUAACAGU